GAAGUUCUCCAUUCGCAAAUAUAAAGCCUCCAUGAAUGCACCGAUGAAAGUCGCGUAGACAAACGCCGUGACGAGUGAGAAAGUUGUUGAGAAUAUUUUUUUUCGUUAAUAACGCGUGUUUGAGAAGGAAACGGGCACGAAAAUCCGUGACAGGAUGACUGUCACCGAUCUCUGUUCUGAGCCGGACUAUGAGGAUUACGUUAAGUCGCAGGAUCUUUCCGUUAUUCAUUUCUAUGCACCAUGGGCCGAUCAGUGUUCCCAAAUAAACAUCGUUCUCGACGAAAUGAGCAAGCUGGCCGAAUACAAAGGAGUGAAAUUUGCCAAGAUCGAAGCCGAGAAAGUGCCCAAUUUAUCGUUAAAGGCUGGCAUCACAGCUGUGCCGACGGUUAUUUUGACGAGAAACGACACUAUAGUCGACAGAGUAGACGGAGCCAAUCCGUCCGCUAUUUCGGCAAAAGUUGAGAGACACUGCGCCCACAAAAACACAACCUCGAUCGAAGCCUGCAAACCGAAAGUAAAUCUCGACGAAAGAAUAAAGAAGUUGGUAAAUCAGGCGCCUUGUAUGCUAUUUAUGAAAGGAAACCCUGCCAAUCCGUGCUGUGGAUUCUCUAGAACGAUAGUCUCGAUCUUGGAUACCUACAAAGCGGAUUACCAAUCGUUCGACAUCUUGCAAGACAACGAUGUCAGAGAAGGACUGAAGAAGUACAGUAAUUGGCCAACGUAUCCGCAGCUCUAUGUGAACGGAGAAUUGAUCGGGGGAUUGGACAUUGUAAGAGAAAUGAGCGAAUCGGGAGAGUUAGAAAGCAUGCUGCCUAAGAAGAGUUAAUGUGUAAGGAAAAACGUGUUGUCGACGUAAAAUCAAUGCACAUGUUACAAAUAAAUGAAAGUGAGAAAGGAGAACGUGAUUGUAAAGUCAUACAAAAUCCUAGACAUCGGAAGCUGUGCAGGGUGUAUCUGAAAAUGAUGUGCGAGCAAGCACCAGAUUCGUUGUUAAAAAUAAAUACAGAAUAACCGAAAAGAAACGAACGAGGAUAACUUGUUUUUUAAAAAUAUUCCAUUGAAACGAGAAAAAGAUAGAUUAUUUAUUUAAUUACAGUAUUAACAUACAACAAUGGUACCCGUUACAAUCGCUGCCGUAGCUACGGAGUACGCCUGUAUUAUUUAAUCGUAGGAGACCUUACAUUAGUUA